GCAAGAAAUCAAAUUUAAGGCGAAGCGAUUGAUCAUUUCGUCCGUAAGUUUUUCUUUUUCUACGUUUGGGCAACAACUUUCAACAUUUGUGACAAUAAUGGUUCUAAUAUGGACUGAUAAGUCCAAACUCACACCUUACCAUCUGAUCACAAUGAUGUUGCUCUUUGCAAAUAUCAACGAUGUAGUUCUUUUCGAAAUCCCAAAGUCAAUACAUUUUACUACGAACAUAAUUACGGCGCUUACUCGGAUACAGCGUUUCUUGGAAAGCUAUGAUUUCCUGGAUGUCACGACCGAUAAGGAUCGAGUUCCUACAAGUGACCAAUCAGAAUGUGUUGAAAAGUCAACUGAAGAGAUGAAAGCUUCGGUGAAUGUAAGCUGUACUCCUCACGUCUGGCUAGAUAAUGUGUCAUGUAAUUUACCCGCAUCAGGUGUUUCAAAUCCUCGAGAAAACAAUGUAUUAAUGUUAAACGACAUUUCUUUCAAGAUAUCAUCAAAGGGAUUGGUUAUUAUCACUGGUUCUGUCGGUAGUGGAAAGACGUCACUGCUCGCAAGCAUUCUUAAUAAGGAACUUCGUGUUACCGAGGGAACAAUAAAGCGUUUUGGAAACAUCGCCUAUGUCUCAGAUAAACCUUGGGUAUUUCCAGGAACGAUUCGUCAGAAUAUAUUAUUCGGUUCAGCCUAUGAUGAAAAGUGGUAUUUAGAAAUUGUCAAAGCUUGUCAGUUGGAAAAAGAUUUUAAGGGAUUCCCGGAACUGGACUUGUCUCGUAUUGGCGAACACGGUGCGACAUUGAGUGGUGGACAGCGGGCACGUCUAGCCCUUGCGCGCGCGGUUUAUUCACGGGCAGAUAUAUAUCUAAUGGAUGAUCCUUUAAGUUCUUUAGAUGCCAAAGUCGCAGAAAAUGUUUUUAAGAAUGUUUUAAAAAGAAUGUUAUCAGAACGGAUUGUGUUCUUAGUCACGCACAAACAUUUCAAUGAAGCUGACUACAUCAUAAUUUUGGAUAAAGGUAAGAAGCUUCAGUAA